AUUAGUAUUCUGCGUGCACUCCAUGUGUUCAGUUUAUGUUGUGAAGUCGUGCUACACCACGUAAAUGUAGCAUGACCAAUGUUUUUAAAAAUCAGUUUGUUUUACAUUCGAAGUUUAAAUUUAUAAUUUUUAUGUAAUGGGCACUUCAAUUAUUGUUUAUUUGGAAUAUACAUCUAUACAAUUGCAAGAUGUAUUUGCUGCCAUAUGUGAUAUUAAAAAUAAUAUUACUAACAAGCACUGUAGCGGAACCUAUGUUAGAAAUUUUACUAACUGCAGAGAAUGGUCAAACCUUAACAAAUGUAGAUCAAUCAAAUUCAGCCAAUGAUGAUGAAAAAACACUAGCACAGCAAAUUUUUGAAGGCAAGUAUGGUCUUAUACAUAAAGAACUAUUCAAUGAUAUUCCAUCAAAACCUGGAAUUUUAAGUUACAACAUAAAUCCGGAAGUACCAAAGGAUAACAUCAAUAAUUUAGGAGGGUUAGAUCCUGAUGAAAUAUGGCUAGCAGAGAAUCAUUUACUUGUAUUAAGAGGGGGUAAUUUUAGUGAUAAAAAAGUAAAAUGGGCAUAUAUAGAUAACUAUGUUGCUCCACUUAGACAAGUAAAAAUACCAGAAAAUCCUAAAAUACCUCCACCAUUCCCAAUACAACUGGAAGACAACGGACCUAUUGAUUUUGUAUCGAUUAAUGGAUCUACUUGGAAUCCAGUAUUUCCUCCUCCAUUCCCAUCAAAUCAAGGUCCACCGCUUCCAAAUACAACAUUUGAUGAAGAUGAUCAAUCAUUAUUUUAUCCACCAAAGUAUGAUUUUAUAUAUACUCUGGAAAAUUCUACACGAGUUCCACCAGGUCCAUUAGUUCCUGGAAUAGUUUUGCCACCACCACCAAAUUUUUUUGGUCCUUUAGAAAAACCAGAAAAAGCUAAGAAAAUUAAUUUAAAUUUAAAUAAGACAAUUCCAAGAUUUAAUCAAAAACCAUACUUUAAAAUUCCCAAAGGAAAUCAUAAUAAUAAAGAAAAUGGAUGGGUUCCAAUACCAUCAAUCAAACCAAGCUAUAUUGAAGGUUUGAAAAUAAAAAAUAAUAUUCUUAUUACUACAACUGAAAGUAGUAAUAAAUACAAUUCAAAUUAUAACGAACAAAUUAAUUUCCCCAGUCACCAAUUUUUCAUAGAAAACCCAGCAGGACAUACAACAAGUCAACCAGAUUCAUAUUAUUAUUACCAAGAAAAUAAUAAAUAUGAUGUAGAAAAACCUGCUGAACACAAUAAAUAUGAAGACUCCAAAAUAAAAAGUCAACAAUUUGAUUUCCAAAAUAAUUAUGAAAAGUCUACUACAAUCAAACCAUAUUAUGAAUAUAGUUAUGUUGCUCCAGAGUAUGAUAUUAAAUCUCAAAUUCAAAAUCCAAUUCAUAAACAAAAGCAAAUGACAGAAUAUCAAAAGGAAAGACAUUUAUAUCAAGAAUGGGUAGAAAAACCAAAACAUACUCAAUACAAUAAUAAUGAAAUGGAGAAACAAAAAUAUCAAACUUGGCCACAACAAAAUAACCAAUACUCAGAUAUUGAUUAUGGAUAUCAAACAGAAAAACCCAACAUUGCUACAGAUAAUCCAUAUCAUGCAUUUUUCACACAAGAUGAUGCCAGUUUAGUAGAUGAAAAUACAAAAAAAUAUUUCGCUCUCUUUGGUCAAAAAGUUAGAACUGAAAAACCAACCCAAGUAUCAUCACAAUCAAAAUCUCAUACUAAUAAAAAUGAUAAUAAGAUAUCAAUAAUUGAUGACAUAUUAGUAAACUUUAAACAGCCAUUGCAAACUAAGAAUCCAGAAUCAGAAAUAACUACAGUAAAACCUCAAAACAAUUAUCCUCAAAUUUCUUUACAUGAUGAUAUAAGUGUAAACUUUAAAGAAAAACAGCCACAGAUUAAUACUGAUGCUGAAAUAAUAUCUCAAAAUUCAAAUGAUUUUAAAGAAAAUUAUCCAUAUUCCAUUGAUGGUGAAAUAAACUACAAUCAAUAUUUACCGCCUAAGAGUAUUAACAAUGAUAAAAUAAUUAAAAAACCUUUUGUUCAAACUUCAUUACAUAGUAAUACUCCAGUAAAUAAUAAACAACCCCUGCUAUCAAAAAAUCCAAACUUAGAACCAAUUACUCAAAGACCAUUUAUAAAUGUACAUCAACCAUCACUCUAUGAUGAUACCCAAGUAAAUUAUAAGCAACCAAUACCACCGAUAAAUUUAAAUUCUGAAAUUAUUACUCAAAUACCACUAUACAAAUUACCAUCAUUAUUCGAAGACACCAAUGUGAACUUUAAACUACCUUCGAGGACUGAAAAUCCAAAUUCAGAACAAAUUACAAAAAGACCACAUACACGAAUAACCCAAUCUCCCAAACAUGAAAAUAUUAAUUAUAAUUUAGAUUCUUCAUUUGUAACACAAAAUCCAAACUCGGAACAUGUUACUCAACAAUUAUACAUGCAGAUAUCUCAAACACCAUAUUAUAGUGAUACUACAAUGAAUAAUAAACACCACAAACAAUCAUAUCCAUCAAACAAUCUAAAUAUAGAACAAGUUACACAAAAACCAUACAUAAAUGUACCAGAAUCAUUAGUAGAUGAUGGGAUUCGAGUUAACUUUAAGCCACAAAGAUAUUCAAAUAAUAGAGUAGUCACUCAAAAACCCUAUAUUAAAGUAUCAAACACUCAACACCUUGAAGAAGCGCAAAUAAAUUAUCAACAAGCAAUAUUUCAACAGAAUCCAAACACUGAAACAGAAGAAAAAAGACCACGUAUUAAAUUUCCUCAAACUCCAUUGAUUGAUAAUGCUCAAUUUCAUUUUAAAAGACCAUUGCCAAUGAGAAAUCAUGAUACAGAGUAUUAUACUCAGAAACCAAAAUCUAUAUACUCCCAGACACCAGUAUCUUUAAUUGAUGAUAUUCAAGUAAACUAUAAGCAUCCAUUACCAACAAAAAAUAUUGAUUCAGAAUAUAUAGUGUCAACACAAGAACCAUUAAAUCGUGUAGUUUCAUAUAAUUUACCUGGAAAUAGUGGAAGUCAUUUCUUCUUUUUAACAACUCAUACUGGACAUCCAAUACAAUAUAAUUUGGGUAAUCAUAAUUAUCAAUAUUAUAAAAGAAAUGUCAAAUAGAAGUUUAAUACUAAUUAUAUUACAAUUUUGUUUGAGCAUUGAAAUUAGUAAAAAGUUAUAACGGAGUCAUGUAUACUGUGGAUAUAUUUAAUACAAUCAAACAUUUGAUACUGUUAAAGAAAAGACUGUGUUAUGUAAUAUGAAAUAAUUCUUAUGUAAGGUACAAUAUUAUUAGUGUUUAAUUAAUUUGACAUAUUAUGGAACUAAAUCAUUUCUUAUUUUUGAUUAAUGACAUUAUUCUUUGAGGAAUAAAUCUAUUAGUAAUAGUGAAAGUAAAUUAUUGUAUCACUUCUUAGUUAAUAAGAAUUGAAAUAUGUUUAAGAUAUACUUCAAUGUAGUAAUUUAAUAUUGUGUCAUAAUUAAAAAAUAUAAGAAACUAUUUUACUGUUAAUUAUUGUUAAACAUAAGUUGUAAAAUAAAAUUUAAUGAAUUAAGAAUAUAUGAUUAAGAUUAUAAGUUAAACAGACAUACAUUUGUAUUUUUGUGUAAACAUGUAAGAAACUUUUAUUAUCCAUUAAAUUAAUGAAAUAUAAAGUAUAUAUUUAAAUAAUACUUAUAACAUAGUGAAUUAAAAUCUUAUAUCAAUAUAAAAAUACAACACUGAAAAUAAAAUUUAAAUACAUAGAUAAUAUAAUUAACAGUUAUACUGUAUGAUGCCCCUUAUCUCGACAUACAACUAUAAAAGUCACAAUGCAAUAAAUUUAAAUAGUUUCUGGAUAAAAAUGUAUUACACAAAUAUGAAAAUGCUAGUACUUUUGUAUUUUAAACUGUACAUUAAGUAUUGAAAUGUAUUUUAAAGAUACUAUGAAUUAUAAAUAAUUAAAAUCUAUAAAAUUCAUUUA